AUGUCGUUGGAAGACGAGUCGCUAAGGGAAGGAAGUCUCGAGGAGGACUCGCCGUACGAUGCCGGAGAUAUGAUCGACGAGCCUCAGCCUCCGCCACCGCCGUCGAUGGUGUUAUCGGAGAACAAGGAAAACGGUCCAGUUCUACCUCCACCGGUGGAUAUGAUGCAAGAGGAAGGCUUAGCUCUUAGAGAGUGGAGAAGGGAAAAUGCAAUUCGGCUGGAGGAGAAAGAGAAGAGGGAGAAGGAGAUGUUGAAGGAUAUAAUUGACGAAGCUGAUGAAUACAAAGCAGAGUAUUACAGGAAAUGGAAGAUCAGAUGUGAGAACAGUAGAGCUACCAACAGGGAGAAGGAGAAGUUGGCUUUGGAAAGCAGAGAAAAAUUCCAUGCAGAGGCUAACAAAACCUACUGGAAAUCAAUUGCUGAACUUGUACCAAAGGAAAUUCCAGCAAUUGAGAAGAAAGGUAAAAAGGGUAAAGAAAAGCAGCCUUCCAUUGUUGUGAUUCAAGGCCCCAAGCCUGGCAAGCCAACUGACCUUUCAAGGAUGCGUCAAUUACUUGUCAAACUCAAACACAAACCUCCGCCUCACAUGACGCCGCUGCCACCACCACCCGAAUCCGGAGAAGAGGCUAAAACCGCUGAGUCUGCUAAGUCUCCGCUUCCAUCCAAACCCGAAGGUACAGGAAAAUCAACUGAAGUUACACCUGGAUGA